CCCGGGGUGGGAGGGGUGGGUCUGGGAACGUUGCGGCGGCGGCCGCCGCGGCCCCAGCACCCAGGGCUGUUCCCGGGCCGAGCCUGCGCCGGGGAGUCCCGCCGCCGCCUCGGGCGGCGCUCACCCGGCCCCAGAUGGUGGGUCCGGAGGAUGCGGGAGCCUGCUCGGGAAGGAAUCCCAAGUUACUCCCUAUGCCGGUGCCCGAGCCCGUAGGCCAGGACGGGAAGAUGAUCCGGGCCACGGGCGGCUUUGGCGGAGGCGUCGGCGCUGUGGAUCCGCAGGAGGAGGAGGAGGAGGAGGAAGAGGAGGAGGAGGAGGAGACGCCGCCUCAGCAGCUCCUUCGGCAUUACCUCGCGGCGGCCGGAGGGCAGCUGGAGCCACGGCUGUACUUCUGUCCGCUCCCCGCCUGCCAGACUCGCGCCCCGCCGCCCUCAGACGCCUGCCCGCCGGACUCUGCUGCCUCCAAGCACCAAAGCGCGGAGGCGGCGGAUGCCUGCGCGUCGCGGCACAGAGGCAUGACCAACGGGGACUCGGGCUUUCUGCCCGGCCAGGACUGUCACGAUUCGGAGGAAGCUCUCGCUCUGGCCCGAGCCGGCGGCCGGGAUCCGCGCCACCGCCUCCUCUGCCUGGAGGGGCCUGGCGACGAGGGCGCGGACGGUGCGGGUAGCCCGUCCGACUGGGCCGCGGCACUCGAGGACCCGCUGCGGAGCUGCUGCCUGGUGGCGGCGGACCCCAAAAAGCCAGAAGGCGCGGACAGCGGCUCGGGGGGCAGCUCAGCCAGCGGCGGCAGCAGCAACGACGACUUGGAGCGGCGGGGAGCCGGCGCAGAGGGUCCCGAGGAGGGCGCGUCCCCCGCCGCCUCGGUCGGGAGGACAUGCGGGUCCGCGGGCGCGGAGCCUCUGCUCAGCUUCUCCGACGUUCACUUGAACUCUCGGAACACGUUCGAGGUGAGCCGCUGCCAGAGCGCCCGCGACCACCUGCCCCCGGCGGGGCCGCCGGUGCCUUUGCCCGCCGCGGAGCAGGGCCCCGCGGGGACCUCGGCCAGGGCUCGACGGAGCGGCGGCCUCGCCGAUUUCUUCGCCAGAAGCCUUUUUCCAAAAAGGACAAAGGAACUCAGAUCAGUUGUUCAUAGUGCUCCUGGUUGGAAAUUAUUUGGUAAAGUCCCUCCCAGAGAGAAUCUUCAGAAAGCUUCCAAAAUCAUCCAGCAGGAAUAUGAAGCACGGACAGGGAGAACCUGUAAACCACCACCUCAGUCUUCAAGACGUAAGAAUAUUGAAUUUGAGCCACUUUCUACUACUGCCUUGAUUCUUGAGGAUCGGCCAUCAAAUCUUCCUGCAAAAUCCAUGGAAGAAGCUUCACGUCACAGACAAGAAUAUGAUGAGAUGGUGGCUGAGGCUAAAAAACGAGAAAUUAAAGAAGCACAUAAAAGAAAAAAGAUAAUGAAAGAACGAUUUAAACAAGAAGAAAAUAUUGCAAGUGCAAUGGUAAUUUGGAUCAAUGAAAUACUGCCCAAUUGGGAAGUAAUGCGUAGUACAAGAAGAGUUCGAGAAUUGUGGUGGCAGGGAUUGCCCCCUAGUGUUCGUGGGAAAGUUUGGAGUCUAGCUGUAGGAAAUGAACUAAAUAUCACUCCUGAACUCUAUGAAAUCUUCCUCUCAAGAGCAAAAGAACGCUGGAAAAGCUUCAGUGAAACAAGUUCAGAGAAUGAUACUGAAGGUAUAUCUGUUGCUGAUCGGGAGGCCAGUCUGGAAUUAAUUAAGUUGGACAUAUCCCGUACAUUUCCAUCUCUCUACAUCUUCCAGAAGGGUGGCCCAUAUCAUGAUGUCUUACAUAGUAUUUUAGGGGCAUAUACAUGUUACAGGCCUGACAUUGGUUAUGUCCAAGGGAUGUCCUUCAUAGCAGCAGUUCUCAUUCUCAAUUUGGAAGAGGCAGAUGCCUUCAUUGCAUUUGCAAAUCUCCUGAAUAAGCCAUGUCAGUUGGCUUUCUUCCGUGUGGAUCACAGCAUGAUGUUGAAAUAUUUUGCAACAUUUGAAAUAUUUUUUGAAGAAAAUCUCUCCAAACUUUUUCUUCAUUUCAAAUCUUACAGUCUUACACCAGACAUCUACUUGAUAGACUGGAUCUUCACAUUAUAUAGCAAAUCACUACCACUUGAUCUAGCCUGUCGAGUCUGGGAUGUAUUUUGCAGAGAUGGGGAGGAAUUUUUAUUUAGGACUGGAUUAGGAAUCCUUCGAUUGUAUGAAGAUAUUCUCCUACAGAUGGACUUUAUUCAUAUAGCACAGUUUCUAACUAAAUUACCAGAAGAUAUCACAUCAGAAAAGCUGUUCAGCUGUAUUGCAGCCAUUCAGAUGCAGAAUAGCGCCAAAAAAUGGACUCAGGUCUUUGCAUCUGUAAUGAAGGAUAUUAAAGAAGGAGUCAAGAAUAAUAGUCCUGCUCUGAAAAGCUAAUCUUCAAAAUUAACAGACUAAUUUAAUACAAUAAAUGUCUUUUUGAUAAAUUGUUUAUUUCUAUGUAAAAAGCAUGGAAGAAAAUGUUGGAGAAAUCUAAAUCAAGACAUGGAAAACUGCUGAUUUUGAAUUCCAUGGUUGAAGUACAUGAAAUGAGUAACCUAUUGACAGUAUUAAUAGAAAAGUAUUUUGUAGGGAGGGCCAUUUUACAAAGGUAACUGUUUAAAUGGCUAGUUAAUACUCCAUAAUAUGGAGUGAACAGGUUCAUGCAAUAAAAAAAUUUUAAUAGCUUUGGAGAUACUUCAAGAUUUUACAACUUUUCUUUUUUUUUAACAGUUACCAUAAAAGCUCUCUGGAGGUCAGAGCAAGAUUUUAAAUACUACUUUAACUUCCAAACUACCAUUCGAAAAACCUUAGUACAGAUAUGAUCUCCAGUUCCAACCUUUUGAUGAUAUUAUAGACCAUGAAUAAGAAACUUUGAUUAUAAAUUAUUUGUUACUGAAGUUGUCAUUCAUCUUCAUUCACAGGUUGGGCAAAUUUGGGCUAUCUGGGAACUGGAAAUACUGGUGGGAGAUUAUUUAGCAUUUGUUUAGGUGUUUUUCCUCAGUAUCAUGUCUAUUUGCUGAAGGGAAUUUUUUUUCCUUAGGGAAUUACUAUCACUCAAAGAAUUUUAAAGUUUCUGUUUCUAGUCUAAGAAAUUGUUCAUUUAGUAAUUUAAGAAAGCUAACUGGUAGAAGAAAAGUUCUUUGCACUUUAGUGGACUUCAGACUUGAUUUUGGGGAGUAAGCCCACAAAUAUGAAUGAAGUGUUUCACUGGUAAGAAUUAAAAGUAUGAAUUCUGAGAGUUCUUAAACAGCAUGCUACUUGGCAAGACUUAAAUUUUUUUAGUUAAAAUUUCUUCAUUGUAGAAACAAAAUUUGUUAAUUCCAGUUUAAAGACUGAAUUCUUAAUAUGUAGCCAAGUCUAUGACUUGUAAAACACUGUGCAUAAUUUCUAAUCAAUGGAAAUAAGAGUAAAGAAAAAGAAAAAAUUAACUUUUUUCUAAUGAGUCUACCUUUGAUGGCAUAUGGGUAAAGAUAUUAAUUAUUGGUAAAUUGAAAAUAAAUUUAUUAUAAUAAUUCUUGAACCUAAAAUAAAUCACUUAGGUAUUGUAAGUGAUAUCUCUAUAACAUGCUAUUUGGUUAAUAAUUCUAGUUAUAGUAUGCUUUUAUGUUGUAGUUUGCUUUGAAACAACAUUUAAGCACACUAUUUCUGUUAGUGGUAUAUAGUUUCCAACUAACAAGCCUGAGAACCUUGUUAGUGUAGUGACUGCUCUUUAAGAGUAUGGGACCAGAUGGUGCCCAUAUAUUUUUACCCCAUGGGUCAUUCUAGCCUAGGGACCACUAGUGGAACCCUCAGAGUUAACUUCUGUCAUAGGAGCUUGCUUAGUGGAAACUAGUCGUGUAAUAAAAUACUGAGGGAGUGCCCAGGGUCUCAAUGGGAUUUAGAAUGACAUUUUUCACUCUGGUAACUACUCCUUGGUAUUGGUGGCCCCGACAGAGGGAACGUAACCCCGGCAGUAAUCUCAAUUGAGAUUAUACUACCUGCUUAAAUUUAAUCUUACUUUGAUGUAUUUGUUUCCUGAGCUGGACUUAAGUUACUGUAUUUCUUUUUCUCAUUUUUAUUAUUGUACAGUUUCUUUACCUUUCAAGUAUAAAUAUGUAUAUAAAAUGUAAAUAUAAGGAAUUCACUAAAAACCACUAUUAAAACAAUUACUGUGUAAAUAAAA